AUGUCCAGUUGUUUGUACCAUCUGGAUCCCUUCUUGGAUAAAGAUGGCCUCAUGCGUGUCGGUGGUCGCAUCAAACGAGCCAAUCUUCCGGUUGUAACAAAGCAUCCAGUAAUGCUUCCACGGAAGAGUCCAAUUACGGAUUUGUUAAUCAAAUUCUGCCAUGCUAAGGUGAACCGCAUGGGAAGAGGAAUCACUCAAAACGAGUUACGACAGAGAGGUUACUGGAUAGUCGGUGGUUCUUCAGCCAUGUCAAACUGCAUAUCACAGGGUGUGAUUUGCAGAAAAUUGCGUCGUCCCCUGGAGACUCAGAAGAUGUCAGACCUACCUAUAGAUCAAGUUGAACCGUCGCCACCAUUCUCAUACUGUGCUGUUGACUUCUUCAGGCCCUUUCUAAUCAAAGAGAGAAGCGAAGUAAAACGUUACGGGGUCAUAUUUACCUGUAUGGCAAGCAGAAGUGUACACUUGGAGACAGCCAACUCCCUAAACACCUCUUCCUUUAUGAAUGCGUUAAGCCGUUUUCUCAGCCGACGUGGCCCGGUGAGACAACUACGGUGCGACCAAGGGACAAAUUUCGUUGGAGCAUGA